AUGGCCACCGCUGAAACCGUCGAUCUGGGCUCUGCCCACCCUCCCAAGGAUGAUGCCAUUAUUGCCUUUCAGGAAAUCCUGCCAGAGCUGAAGAAGAAGCUGGUUCACCUCCGACACGACUACAACAAACACGAACCAGAAUACUUUGCUGCAGUUGAACAUCUGUCAGAUCAUGAUCUGGUUGGUUUCAGUGCCGACGAUUUCGAGUCCGUCCGUGUUGCUACUUCAGCCUAUGGAGUCCAUCUCUUUGGAAAGCUUCGAAUCCCUGCCAUGCCUGACCCUUCAGGUCCAGCUUACAUUCAUUUCCGCGUCUUUAUUGGCGGCGGCGAUGAGCCCCCAAAGCUUCAUUCCAUUCACACUGAAGAGCGCGAUGAUUCCAGCGGCGGAAAGACGUACAGAGCCAUCUUUACCAAGAACGAUGAGCUGGAGUGGUUUGAUACCUAA